AAGGCUCUGUGCUGUUGGAUUCUGGAAUCUGGACUGCGAGUCCAAGUUGAUGCAAACGAGGGUGUCAAUGGAGUCUCUAUCGUCCAUACUCUCGCCCAAUACUCUCAGCUCCUCUACUCACAAGCGCUCUCCAUUGGCUGCCUCUCCAUAUACCGUUUCUUCCUUAUCAUUCGCUUCCUUGCCCUCUCAACAGAAACGAACCACCACUCCAAAACGCACUUCGAAAUCCACAAAAUCCCUCUCUCCAACAAUACCCACGACCACUACAACAAACAUCAAUACUAGUUCGAUCAACACAACCACAUCUCAGCCUCCCAAGAAGGUUUUGAUUCCUAUUGGAUUUGGUACGGAGGAAAUGGAAGCUGUUAUUAUAGUUGAUGUUUUGCGUCGAGCUGGUGCGGACGUGACUGUGGCAUCAGUGGAGCCACAUCUGGAGAUUGAAGCUUCUGGCGGUACCAAACUGGUUGCGGACACGUCCAUCGUGACCUGUUUGGAUCAAGUUUUCGACCUCGUUGCGUUGCCGGGAGGAAUGCCUGGCUCAGCGCGGUUAAGAGACUCUGAAGUUCUGCGCAAAAUAAUGAACAAACAUGCCGAGCAAAAGAGGCUAUACGGGGCUAUUUGUGCUGCUCCAGCAGUCACGCUACUGCCUUGGGGACUUCUGAGAAAAAAGCAGACAACUUGUCAUCCUGCGUUCAUGGACAGGCUUCCAACAUUUUGGGCUGUUAAAUCAAAUCUUCAAGUUUCUGGAGAGCUUACAACAAGUCGUGGUCCAGGAACCACUUUUGAGUUUGCUCUUUCCUUGGUAGAGCAGCUGUUUGGAGAGUCAGUUGCCAACAAGGUUGGACAGUUAUUGUUGGCGUAUACUGCUGAUGAUAGUCCUAGAAAGGAAGAGUUCAACAAAGUUGAUUGGUCUGUCAAUCACACCCCUCAUGUUCUCAUUCCAGUUGCAAACGGCUCUGAAGUGAUUGAAGUAGUAACUAUUGCAGAUAUUCUACGGCGAGCAAAAGUGGAUGUAGUGGUUGCUUCAGUUGAAAAAAGUGUACAGAUUUUGGCAUCUCAAGGCACAAAAAUUGUUGCUGAUAAGCUAAUUCGAGAUGCUUCUGAGUCAAUAUAUGAGCUAAUCAUUCUUCCGGGAGGAAUUGUUGGGGCUGAGCGGCUACACAAAUCUAAGAUUCUCAAGAAGCUGCUCAAAGAACAAGAUUCAGCUGGAAGAAUGUACGGAGCAGUCUGCUCUUCGCCAACUGUCCUGCAUAGACAGGGUUUACUGAAGGAUAAGAGAGCCACCACUCAUCCAUCGGUCAUUGACAAUCUAACAAAGGAAGCAGUGAAGGGUGCCAAAGUAGUCAUCGACGGUAGACUGAUUACUAGCAAGGGACUUGCUACCGUAACGGAUUUUGCAUUGGCUAUUGUGAGCAAGUUUUUUGGUCAUGCAAGAGCAAGGAGUGUUGCAGAAGGCCUUGUUUUCGAGUAUCCAAGGAAUUAGGAGAUCCAAUUAGUCCAGUCAUUGUGGAUUGAAUGAAAGGCAAUUUUCCAUUAGGCAUGUGCGAGGCUGAUAGCCCUUUACCGGAGGACUGAUGACUAAUCAGUCUAAUCACCAUACUGCUUGCCUGUGCGUCCCAAUCAAAUCACAUAUGGGAAAUCCUUAACAAAAUCAGUGUGUUAAUUAAAAUGCCAACUUGAACUUGCAUUGAGUUUUAA